UCAGGUCGGCUGGGCUGGGCUGCCCUCGGCUGCGCUGCCCUCGGGGCCGGCGGAGGCGGCCGCUGGCGGUGGUGAGGUGCUGUGGUGCUGUGGGAGUGAAACCGCUGGGAGUCCCUUUCCUUCCCGUGGGAACCGCCUACUGGGAUUGAGACGUUUUCUCGGGGCUGUGCGGGGCGGAGGCCGCGGUGAAAAGCCGGGCGCGGUUUGUGGGUUUUACUGUUCUAUGCUGAAUGAAACAGGGCUGGAGCUGGGGAGCAGGCUGGCUCCUUUACCUUCCUCUGAAGCUAGGACUUGUUUCCAGUGUCUGGUUUAUUCACAGAAAGGACUUGGAUUAACCUAGGUGUAAGUGUUGUGACACUCCUGAAUUGCCUUUUAAUUCCCCAAGCAUCCGUUCUCUCAUGAGUGUGGAACUAUUUGCCUAUCUUUAUGAUAUGUAAACCUUAAAUCAGAAAAAUUUACCUUUAAUCUCUAAGGUAGAUCUUUAUGACAGGAGACUGGCAAGCAGAGGUAAUUACUGUCCUUUUUGGUAUGCACAAAACCACGACACAGCAGUCACGCGUGUGCCCAGUCAGAGGCGUCUGUCAUCCUGCGUGUGCUCCGCACCUCGUGUUUCUCCAGUUGCGUAUAGUCCCUUUUGGCUCUGGAUAAGGACUAGUUUGGGAUCCCAGGUAGAAGCCUUCAGUUUAUCAUGGAAGCUGCUUACUAAUAAUUUUCUCACCAUGGCUAGUGAGUUUCUCCUAGCUUUUAUUUACUUCAGUGCUGUUUAGAUGAUUUCAGAAUAAUGUAAACUUAAUAAAGCUUUGAGGAUUGUUGUCUAAAACCAUUAAUUACUCUUCCCCUCCACCAGACCCAAAGCAAAGUCUAAGCUGAGACCACUAACAGUUAAUUACAGUAUUCUUGUAUAAACCAUUCCUGCUGGUGAGUAACACUUCUACCCAACUGUAGUUCUUUUUCAUUUGACUUGGACACAUGUUCUUCAGGUUUCACAGUUUCCUCAGCAUUAGUCCUAAAACUAAUUGUUAGGCCACUGUUUCUUAUCUGCUUCAGACUCAAAUGUACUGAAGCUGGGCUGGUUCAAGAAUUAUUACCUAUGUGCAUAGAAAUUUCAGCAUGAUAGACCCUAUACCUUAUGGGUUUUUUAACUAGAACCAUUUAUCUCUUUUUCACAAGCAGACCUUAAACUUAGCUGAGUAAAUAAUGCCAGUAUAAAGUUUAAAUGUUGCCCCUAACAUCACUAACCUUCGUUAUUUGUGGUCAUAACUUUCUGAAUACACAAUUUUCCCAGCCUCUGGAGUUUAGCAAAUACAAAUUCAACUAAUGUAAAGAAGUCCUGAAUUCUAAUCUGUAAUCUUUCGGUGGGUUCUUCAGUCUGUUCUCUUCUGAAUCCUUUUAUUAAAAUGGAUAAUAGGUUCACCCUGCAGUAGCUGACACUAGCUCUGUAAUGUCAGGUAUCUUUUUUCAUCAGUGAAAUUCUUCUGGAUUUCAUUACUCCUAUUCUUUUGCUUUAGACUUUCACCAGCCAAAGUCUAAAUACAGCCUGUGACAUUUACUGGCACGAUCCAUACCUUAAGUGAUCUUUUUUUCUGACUGAUUUGGAGUCUCUUCUCAGAGUUUUCUAGAGAUGUAAACUUAUAGUAUAACCUAUCCUCAACUUUACUUUCCCACUAGGAACAAACUCCACGAUCAUCUUACGAACAGCGUGUUUAAAUUAAGCAUGGUUAUUUUAUUAGGUACUAGUUUUCUCUUCAAACUUACAGCUCUUAGCAGCCACAAAUAGAAAUGUGGCCUCAUGACCCAAACCAGGGCAGGUCAUACACUUCUUAAAUCCCUGUUAGGUCUGAUUCAAGGGGCUCCCUAGUUAGAAGCUGUAGCACCUGACCCUACUGUAACUUUAGCCCAGACACUUGUUGUAAUUUUUUUUUUCUUUUAUUUUUUUUUCUGAAUGUCUGUCAUAUCAAGCCACGGGGUACUCAGGGAUAGAAGAGUUUCAACAGCUGUUUGCCCUCUUUCUAGCACUAUGAGCUUUGCUGGAGAUAAUGUAAUUGUACCAUGUACCCUGUUCUGCAUUUGUCAGCUCUUGACGGGUGUCUUUGUAACCCCAGGGUACUUGGGUAAACCUGAGAUUCCGAGACGUGCACUGACAGCAGCAGGGUGACGGUUAACCUGCAGUCAAGCUGAAGGGCAGGCUAUUGCCAACAAAGGUCUAUUGUGUUAUUUUAUUGCUAGCUCAAAGUCCAUAGUGGUAUAUUGCAAUGCUAGGUUAAGGGGUCGUUGAAAGCUGUUGAAGAUCUACUGCUCAGGGAACACAAAAUUGAAGAGCUGGUGCUAAUAAACAGGCUUCUCUUGGCAGGUUUCUAACCUCACUGGGCUACGGUUGGCAUGGAAUAGUUUCAGGGAUUAGAGAAUGCCAAUAAAUAACAAGUGAUCUUAUUGGAGCAGGAAGAAAAAAAUGCAGUGGAGAUUGUUAUCCUUAUGGGUCCAGGCUGCGUUUCUGCUUGCUGUUUAUGGAACUUGAGGGAUUUUUAUUUGCUCUUAAACUCUAGGUUGCUUGUGAUUUCUGAAAAGUAGUUCUUCAUUCUUAUAAUAACUAGAGUUCCUUAGAUGUGACUUUUUCAUGGACAUACCAGAAUUGUAUUCCAUGCGUUGUUUGUAUCAUUUACACUGUUACGCAGACAAACACACACAAAUAUAAACAAGUAUUAAGGUCUGGCAGUAAUUGUUAUAUUGCAAACAGGAGGUGUGUUAGCUACCUGCAUUUGCACAGUUAACUGUGACAGUGUAGUAACUACAAAAGGUUAGAUUAAGGUGGCAGAACCAAGAGAAAGCAGCUGGUUCGUGUCAGUGUUUGCUAAACCUCUACUGGUCAGUCCAGCCGUAAAUAAGCCUGACUUUACCUAGAUCUGCCCAGUUCCAAUGAGGAAAUCUUGAGGAAAUGACAAAUGGAGAGAAAGAACUUCUUGAAAGAUUCUUCCUAAAUCUAAAAUUAAGAUGUAUCUUUUCAGUGUUUCAUUUGGAAAAUAUCCAUACCUAAGAAAAUAGCUGUCAGUUGUCGUACACAGCGUCUACUUGUGAACUUGCUCGUUAAUCCUUGUAGCUGGUCCAGUGCCAAAGAAAACACUGAUGUGGAAAUUAAUGUUAUUGUUCAAGUAACUAAGCAUAAUGUACCAGAAAGUUAGGCCCAGUACACAGGCCUCCAUUAACAGUGUUUUAGAAAAUGUUUGCUUUGAUGGCUUUUCCUUUCCUUGCAAACAUUUGCUUAACAACACCUGCUCUCUGUUAUGUAAUACUUGCUCUAAUUUCUAGGUGUAUAGCAGCUGUAAACAUUUUAUCCUCCCUUCAGUGGAUCAUCAACAUGAUUCUUGUUUCUACAUUAUUACCAAGAACAUACAGAGUUUUGGAUAGUCUCUGGUUUUGUACGUUUUGGAAAAUAAAAUAAAUCAAGAAAUUAAUAACUCUCUAUAUGAACAGAUGGCAUUUUAAAGGUUUCUGCUUUGCAAUUAGAACUCAUUUGAUGAUGUGAAGGCCAAACCUUCAUUCUAUAAUAUCAAAACAAGACAAAGCUUUGAUUUAAAAACUUAUUUGCAUCACAUUCUGACCUUUUUUUUUUCUUCCUGACCAGUUUUCCUUGCAAUUCCAUGUUCUAAAAUACAGCAAAUAGUUUUAUUUCAUAUAUUAUCUCAAGUGACUUUGAAAUACUAAGUGCAUUAUAGAAGCACUUUGCAGUGCUUUGCAUAGGAAAGGAGGGGGAAAAAGCCUAUUGAGAUAUUUCUCCUUAGUUAGUUUAAACAAGCUAUUAAAUGAAAUAUUUCAAGACGUAUUGCCAUCUUUUCUCUGCUGGCUGCUAGGACUAGGGAAGUCUUUAGUGUCUCAGACUUGUGUAGGUUGUCCAAUAUCACAGGCAGGACAAGAGACGGCUCACUUGUCAGUUGUUGAUUGCUCCUUGGAUGAAGCAGAACCAUGAGCGCUUCCAGGUGCAAUGACAACAUCUCCCAGACACCUCCUUACCUGCUGCAAAGUCCUCCCGCUUUCCAUUUUGUACAUUGUGGAUUUGUUGGGGUUUUUUAAAACAUCUUUUAUAAACAUGACUCCUCUGGUAUGUCUAAGAUGCGGAUGUAGGAGCUUCUGAAACAGUCAGAAAGAAUGUAGGAGAAAAUUAAAGCUUAUUUAUGUUUGCUGUUAGUCUUCAUUAUGUCUAAGGUGCUUAUCUUUCUAUCUAAGCAGAAAGAUAAUUAUCAGCGUAUGAAUCAUCAGCAAAAUCUUUAAAAUGAAAAUUAAUAUCAGGAGGCCUGUAGCAUUUAUACUAACUUAGGUUACUGAAAUGUUGCCGAGACAUGCCUUCAAACGUUGUCUUAAAGUUUUUUGAGAACCAAAGUGUGCCUGAGCGGUUCUGUGUGAAGAAGGGUUCCUCCUGAGCAGAUGCAGCACUAUCUCGCUUAACCAAGUGGUUGGUACUAAAAUGAUAUGGGUGGCAGUCAUUGGUGAUUGGUUCAACCUCAUAUUCAAAUGGAUUUUAUUUGGCCAUCGCCCAUACUGGUGGGUGCAAGAAACAAUGAUUUAUCCCAAUCAGUCAAGCCCAUGCCUUGAACAGUUUCCUAUAACAUGUGAAACUGGACCAGGAAGCCCAUCUGGACAUGCUAUGGGAUCUUCCUGUGUCUGGUACGUGAUGGUCACAGCAGCACUUAGCUACACAGUGAGAUGGAAAGAUAAAUCAGCAGUUACCCUUCACAGACUGACAUGGUCAAUCCUCUGGAGUAUUUUUUGGAUUAUCCAGAUCAGUGUGUGCAUCUCGAGAGUAUUCAUAGCAACACAUUUCCCUCAUCAAGUUAUUCUUGGAGUAUUUGCUGGCAUUCUUGUGGCGGCAGCCUUUGAGCGUACCCCUGCUAUUCAGACAGCGAGCUUGAGAACGUACAUCCAGACAAACUUGUUUCUUUUCAUCUUUGCCCUUGGCUUUUAUCUCAUCCUCAAGCUUCUUGAUAUUGACUUGCUGUGGUCUGUUCCAAAGGCCAAGAAGUGGUGCGCCAACCCAGACUGGAUAAACAUUGACACAACUCCAUUUGCUGGACUGGUGAGGAAUUUAGGUGCACUCUUUGGCUUAGGUCUCGGAAUUAAUUCUGAAAUGUUCAGCACGAGCUGCAAAGGUAAAAAUAGCUGUAAGAUGAGUUUCCGCCUAUUAUGUAUAGCUGCUUCUUUAGCUAUGCUGCAGCUGUAUAAUUUUGUUAAGAUACCUACUCAUACUGAGUAUUUGUUCUACAUUCUCUCUUUUUGUAAGAGUGCAGCUAUGCCUCUGACUGUAGUGGCCUUGGUUCCAUACUGUGUCCACUCAUUAAUGAGCACAACUGAAAAGAAACUUAAUUAGAUAAAGUUUCCAAAUGGUUAGCAAUGUGGGAUGGAUACAAACUGUUCAAGAACCCCCUGCAAAGGCAGUUUUGCUAACUCAUUUUAACAAGGAGGAUGCCACUGCAUCUUUGCUGUGCUCCUGGUAAGUAACCAGUACAUCCAAAAUCAGUACAUUCAAGAAUGACUUUGGCAGCUCAGAAGUACUAAUUGCUGAUUUUAUUCCUAGAAAUAUUGCAACCACACUGCAGUAUGGUUAGAAAUGACCCAAUACUCUGGGUCAUAAUGAAGUUUCAAAAUAUAAUCAACUAGUUUUAUGUAGCUACUUGGUGGUCUUUUAGUUCUGUCUAUCUCGAGCCUCAGUUGUACAGUGAUACUCAAGAUUUUAAUUUUUUUUAUAUCUAGAUAUUGUGUGUUUAACUGCUAGGUUAAACAGUGUCACACCACCCACAACUGUGUAUCUGUACCCAGGCACUGUGGAAAAGGUCAGCAUAGUUAUAAAUAAGGCUUUAGAUUUAACUUAUUGAGCUUCCUGAGCAAAACAGCUUCUAAUUAAGUCAGAUGAGAAAAAAAAAUAAAAGUUUAUUUCAAUUAGA